UCUUUAUUGCCCUCUCAAAAUUUCCAAAUCAAUCAAUGGAAGCUCUGCAAUCUUCAUUCCUCUGCUCAACUCCAUUAAAAUCUCCAUCUCACAAACCUACCAGAAAACCCAAACCGAAACCCACCACAGUCUCCUGCUCAGUCACACCAGACCCAUGGACACUCAGCGACGGCAACAGCAAGAACCUCAACAAACCAAAACCCAGAUCAAAACACCCCAAGAACCCACUUUCCGACGACAACGCUCGUCGCAUUAUCAAAGCUAAAGCUCAAUAUUUAAGCGCGUUGAGGCGGAACCAAGGCUCACAAGCUAUGACACCCAAAUGGAUUAAGCGAACCCCUGAGCAGAUGGUGCAGUACUUAGAAGACGAUAGAAAUGGGAAUUUGUACGGGAAGCAUGUGGUUGCGGCUAUUAAGAGAGUAAGAAGUCUUUCGGUCAAAGCUGAAGGGUCAUAUGAUAUGAGGGAAGUGAUGGGUUCUUUUGUUACGAAGCUUACUUUUAGAGAGAUGUGUGUUGUGCUCAAAGAACAAAGGGGUUGGCGACAAGUCAGAGAUUUUUUCGCUUGGAUGAAAUUACAGUUAAGCUACCGGCCAAGUGUCAUUGUCUAUACGAUUAUUCUCCGUACAUAUGGCCAAGUUGGGAAAAUCAAGCUAGCUGAGCAGACCUUUCUGGAAAUGCUUGAAGUGGGGUGUGAACCUGAUGAAGUUGCUUGUGGUACCAUGUUGUGCGCUUAUGCUCGGUGGGGACGUCACAAAGCUAUGAUGUCCUUCUUUUCUGCUGUUCAGGAAAGGGGAAUUACACCUUCAACUGCAGUCUUUAAUUUCAUGCUGUCAUCUUUACAGAAAAGAUCACUUCAUGAAAGUGUUAUAAGUAUAUGGAAACAGAUGACUGAAAAAGGGGUUGAGCUGAAUCAUUUUACUUUUACAGUCGUUAUCUGCUCACUUGUCAAAGAAGGUCAUGCUGAAGUAGCUUUUAAGACUUUAAAUCAGAUGAAGAGUUUGAAGUUCAUUCCGGAGGAGGCAACUUAUAGCAUUCUCAUCAGUCUGAUUUCAAAAAGUGGUAACUAUGAUGAUGCUUUCAGGCUUUAUGAAGAUAUGAGAUCACAAGGGAUAAUCCCGAGCAACUUUACAUGUGCUUCACUUUUGACAAUGUAUUACAGAAAGGAGGAUUAUCCCAAAGCACUUGCUCUCUUUGAGGAGAUGGAAAGGUAUGGUAUCAAAAUAGAUGAAGUCAUAUAUGGCUUGCUUAUCAGAAUAUAUGGCAAGCUUGGUCUCUAUGAAGAUGCUCAAAAAACUUUUGAAGACGUUAAGAAGUUGGGUGUGAUUAGUAAUGAGAAAACCUAUACAACAAUGGCUCAAGUCCAUCUAAAUGCUGGAAACAUUGAGGACGCACUGAAUAUAAUGGAUGAAAUGAAGUCAAAAAACAUAUCAUUUUCAAAUUUCUGUUAUGGUAUCUUAUUGAGGUGCUAUAUUAUGAAGGAAGACUUGGCAUCUGCCGAAGCUGUGUUUCAGGCUCUCUCUAAGAUGCAAAUUCCUGAGUGUGGUUUUUGCAAAGACAUGCUCAAUUUGUACAUGAGACUCGGUUUAACUGAGAAAGCAAAAGAUUUCAUUUUCCAGAUAAGGAAAAUUCAAGUCGAAUUUGAUGAGGAGCUUCUCAAGACAGUCAUGAAAGUUUUUUGCAUUGAAGGAAUGGUCAGAGAUGCAGUGCAGUUGAUACGAGAGUUCAGUGCAAGCAAGACAUUUGAAGAUUCUGUAUUUACACAGACUUUUUCUGUGGCCAUCCAUGGAAAUGAUAGAUUUUCUGCAACCGACAUUGCUUCCAAGCCCUUGGACCAACCAGGUGCUAUGGCUUUUGAGCUGGCCCUUAUCCUCUAUAUAGCAGAUGGAAAUACAUUGAAGGCAGAAGAAACACUAAAUUUGUUGCUUAAGACUGCAAAUGGCCUGUCUGUUGCUAGUCAGCUUAUCAGGAAAUUCACCAAAGAAGGUGACAUUUCAAAGGCAGAAGACCUUUAUAAGCUGUUAAUGAAGCUGGGUAGAAAACCAGAGGAUGUUGCAAGUGCAUCCUUGAUCAAUUUUUAUGGGAAGCAGAAGAAUUUGAAGGAAGCGCUUAAUGUCUUUGCAUCAGUUGCGAACUCCUCCAGUACUGGAAGUCUUAUAUACAAUUCUAUAAUUGAUUCAUAUAAUAGAUGUGACAAACAAGAGGAAGCUUACACGUUUUACAGGGAAGAGAUGAAGAAAGGGCAUGUUUUAGGUCCAGUUGCUAUUAGCAUGCUGGUGAAUGGUUUAAGUAAUUGCGGGAGAUAUACUGAAGCGGAGGCCAUUAUUCACAAUUCUUUGCGUGCUAAUUUAGAGCUUGAUACUGUGGCUUAUAAUACAUUUAUCAAGGCAAUGCUGCAAGCAGGUAAAUUGCGGCUUGCAUCCAGAGUUUAUGAGCACAUGCUCUCCUCAGGUGUUCCUCCAUCAAUUCAAACAUACAACACUAUGAUUAGUGUAUAUGGACGAGGAAGAAACCUAGAUAAAGCUGUGAAGGCUUUUGAUAUUGCUCAGAAGAUGGGCAUUUCUUUGGAUGAGAAGGCUUAUACCAACUUGAUAUGUUAUUAUGGAAAGGCUGGGAAAUAUGAUGAAGCAUCUAAUCUAUUUGUCAGAAUGCAGGAAGCAGGGAUAAAACCUGGACAGGUGAGCUGCAAUGUUAUGAUCAAUGUAUAUGCGGCUGCUGGACUUUAUCAAGAAGCUGAAGUCCUCAUGCAUAGCAUGCGGAGCAGUGGUUACAAACCUGACUCCCUAACCUAUCUUGCACUGAUUAGAGCAUAUACAAGGGUGGGAGAGUGCUCAGAGGCUGAAAAGGCCAUUGAUUCUAUGCAGAAAGAAGGAAUUUCCCCUUCUUGUGCUCAUUUUAACGUGUUGCUAUCAGGUUUUGCAAAAGGGGGGCUAAUUAGAGAAGUAGAAAGGAUUUAUAAUAAUCUCAUGAAUGCUGAACUACAACCUGACCUAGAGUCUCAUAGUCUUAUGCUUAGAUGUUACAUGGACUAUGGUCAUGUGGAGGAAGGCAUUUCCUUCUUUGAACGAAUCUCCAAGUCUGUAAAACCUGACCGGUUUAUAAUGAGUGCAGCUGUGCAUUUGUACAGGUCAGCAGGCUUAGUACUCAAAGCAGAAGGGGUGUUGAGGUCUAUGAACAGUUUCGGGAUUCCCUUCUUGGAGAAACUUGAAGUUGGAUCAAAAUUGAAAGCUGACUGAUUCAUCAGCAUUACUGGACCGUUUAAUGAACUUCUUGUGGGAUGAGACUGAAUGCCAAACUACAAUUACGUCAUAUCAAGUAUGCAAUUGUGCUUAGACUAGCGUGGAUGCCAAGGUCAUACCAGCAAGGCUGGAGCUUAAGCUAAUAUUAUGUGAAGGAGUUGAUCAGUUGAACUAACAUGCAACAUUGAGUUUGGUUAUGUCUGUCACACUGCUCAAGGCAGUAUCUGAGUAUCGAUGUGUUGAU